GUUUGGGUAUUCACGUUAAUCGAUGUUCUGUCAACAGCUGUGAUGUUUGGUGCAAUGUGUGGUGCAUUUAUUUCUGGCUUUUUUUCCGAUAAAUUUGGACGCAAAAAAACUACUGUUUGUUCGUUUUCCACUUUUGGAGAUAAAAUUAAUCUGCUUUCUUCAGGAUUUAUAUUUUUUGUGUUGGGCGCCGCAUCCGGUGGUUACAUGGUGGUGAAUAUCGUAUUAAUGGUCGAAGCAGUUGAAAACGCACGCUCUCGUUUACUGAUCGUCUCGUUGAAUGGGUUUCCACCGGCAAUGUCGGCUAUGGCUGUAAUCGCUUAUCUUACUCGUUACUGGUUCGCUUAUCAUAUGACUCUCGCUCUACUGGGAAUCGUUUUUUCCUUUUUCCUGGCAAAAGAAAGCAAAAGUUGGUUGAGACAGAAUAAUUGUUCAACGGGAAAUGAGGAAACUAAAGCAGCUUUUAUUGCAAAAACUCCAAAUGAGAAAAUGGUCGAUCCUGAUUCCAUCGCAAUAAACGCAAAGGUUUUAUUUAUUAUUUGUCUGUUUAAAAAAAAGAAAAUUAUUGGUCUAAUUUUGCGUAAAAUUUUUAUUUUAGUUGUGCCGCUGCUAUCACUGUUCUACUGUUUUCUGAUAUCGAGUUUUGUAUCAUUUGCCGGUUAUUUCAAUUCUUCGAUUUUGCCCGGUGAUCGAUAUUCGAAUUUGUUUGCGCUUGGCUUGCUAAAAUCGAUUCUGGCUUUGAUCCCUUUUAUUUGUGGAAGAUUUUUGCGACGAAGAUCGAUUCUUCUGCUUUCGACUGCUCUUAUAGCUGCUCUCACCAUAUUGAUGACUUCGGCUUUGGAUCCGAACUGGAAAGUGCUUCAUUUAUAUACUACAGAAUUGUUUCCAACAUCGGUGCGAAAUACUGCUCGUGGCUUUUGUCAAGGUGGAGCACGUAUCGGAAGUGUUCUAGCUCCUUCGGUAAGUUGCCGAUUAUGUUGUCUCUUAUGGCUGAAGCGAGUUUUUCCCAGCCAAAUUGGCCAAAUAUCGUUGAUGCGUUUAUGUUCGAAGCCUAUUUCCACCAUAUUAAUCUAG